AUGGUCUCACAAAGUCAAUUUGGUGGCCAUCCAUCUGAGGAACCCACCAACCAUUUGCAGAGGUUCAACCAACUGUGUGGUUAUGAUUUUCUUGCCAAUUUAGCUGCCAACCAUUACAGCACCACCAGAUCCACAUCUAAGAAGGGAAAAUUGGAUGUCGAUGCUUAUGCUCUAUUGUCCUCACAAGUGGCAGCCUUGAACCUGAAGAUCGAUUCUUUGAAGGCUCCUCAGUCUAGUACUCCCCCAAUGAGUAUUAAUGCUAUGUCUAGUGUAGCUCCAGUGACAACUUCUUACUGCGAAGUAUGUGGAAUCCAAGGUCACUUUGGUCAUGAGUGCUCUUAUAGUUUACAGGAUACUACGCAAUUGGAGCAAAAUCCUCAACCCCAGCAACAAUGGUCGCAACCACAGUUCCAUCCACCUCAACCACAUGUUGCUAGGCCUCCAUUUCAACAAGGAGCCUCACAUAAUGCUCCCCCGGGGUUUAAUAGGCCCCCGCAUCAAGGAUAUCAACAACCCCCUCAGAGCAGUGCUACUCCAGAGCCUAACAUGGGUGAUCUGUAUAAGCUCAUUGCAAAUAUGCAGAAGACCGCAGAGAUAGCUCAAAAGAACCAUGAUGAGAGCAUCAAAGAGUUGAAGAAUCAGAAUAGAAUGUUGGAGAAUCAAGUUGCUCAACUUGCUGACACUCUAUCUCAAAGGCAACCGGGUACACUACCAGGGCAACCUACUCCGCCCCAGAACAGAGAAAGUGCCAAUGCUAUCACUCUUAGAAGUGGCACUAAAUAUAAUGGACCCCCGAUGCCCACUAAUGAUGCAACUCUUGCUAAGGAGAACACAGAUGGACCAGGGAAAGCAAUUGAUGCAGAGCCUCAAGUCCUGGAAGUUGGUAAUGCUGAUGAUGUUGGUGCAAAUAAGGGGAAAGAGAAGAAUUCUGAUUCUCUCCCUAUUGUGCCUAAGUUACCUUUCCCUCACCGGAUGCAGAAAACUAAGGUUGAUCAACAACUUGGUAAGUUCUUGGCAAUGGUCAAGAAUCUUGAGGUAACGGUCCCUUUUACUGAUUUAAUAUCUCAAGUUCCUGUUUAUGCAAAAUUUUUGAAAGAGAUGAUCACUAAGAAAAGGGAUUAUGGUGGUGUGGAGAGAGUCGCUCUAACUGAAGAGUGUAGUGCCAUAUUGCAAAAUAAGUCUCCACCAAAACUUAAGGAUCCGGGUAGUUUUUCCAUCCCCUGUCAUGUAGGUGCAUUGUUCAUUGAUAAAGCAUUAUGUGAUUUAGGUGCAAGUGUGUCUGUCAUGCCCCUUUCUGUCUGUAAUAGGUUGAAUAUGGGAAAACUAAAAUGCACACAAAUCACUUUGCAAAUGGCAGAUCGUUCUAUAAAAUAUCCUUUAGGUAUUUUGGAGGAUGUUCCUGUCCGGGUGGGAAAAUUCUACAUUCCUGUUGAUUUUGUGGUGCUAGAUAUGGAGGAGGAUAGUCAAAUCCCCAUAAUUUUGGGUAGGCCAUUUUUAUGUACUGCAGGUGCUGUUAUUGAUGUCAAGUCUGGGUCUCUUACUUUGAGUGUUGGUGAUGAUACUGUUACUUUUAAUCUAACCAAUGCUGUGAAGUCUCCUAUGCUUGAGAAUACUUGUUGCAGGAUUGAUAUUGCAGAAGAGAUUUCUCUAGACAACAUUCCUAGAAUGUUGUAUGAUGAUCUAUUGCUGGCGACUCUCACCUUGGAAGCCCAUAAAGGAGAAGGAGAUUGUGAGAUUGAUUCCUUGAUCUCGGAUUUAGAUGGAAUUGAAGUUGAGAAGGUCGAUGGUUUUGAGGUAUUGGCAACUGUUUGCUCUAUUUCCGAGCCACGGGUAACGAAGGUAGAACUAAAACCAUUACCAUCUCACCUUAAAUAUGCAUUUCUUGAUGAUAAUGAGGAUUUUCCUGUGAUCGUUAAUGCUGCACUCGACGAUAGCCAGCUUUCUAAGCUUCUGACCGUGCUACGUAUGCACAAAAAGGCAAUCGGGUAUAGCAUUGACGAUCUCAAGGGCAUUAGUCCUGACUUUUGUAUGCAUAGAAUUAACUUGGAAGCAGAUCACCGCCCUCGCAUACAGCCACAACGUCGUUUGAAUCUUAAUAUGCAAGAUGUGGUGAGAAAAGAGGUAGUGAAACUACUUGAUGCGGGCAUCAUCUAUCCCAUUUCAGAUUCUAAAUGGGUGAGCCCGGUGCAAGUCGUUCCUAAGAAGGGGGGGACAACGGUCGUUAAGAAUGAUAAGGAUGAGCUUAUCCCCACUCGUGUUGUCACAGACGACCAGGAGAAGACGACGUUCACCUGUCCAUAUGGGACUUUUGCAUACCGCAGAAUGCCGUUUGGUUUGUGCAACGCCCCUGCUACAUUUCAAAGGUGUAUGAUGGCCAUCUUUUCUGACUUCAUCGAGGAUAUCAUGGAGUGCCACUUUAUGGUCAAUGAAGGAGUGGUACUUGGUCAUCUUAUUUCUGAGCGUGGCAUCCAAGUUGACCGAGCAAAAAGUGAGGUGAUCAAGAAACUUCCCCCUCCCGUGAAUGUCAAGGGAGUGAGGAGUUUUCUCGGUCAUGCGGGUUUCUAUCGCCGUUUCAUAAAAGAUUUUUCUAAAAUUGCGAAACCCCUCACUCAAUUACUGCUCAAGGAUGCCACAUUUGAGUUCACUGAUGCUUGUUUGGAGUCUUUUGACAGGAUAAAGAAAGCAUUGAUAACUGCUCCGAUCAUUCAGCCUCCGGAUUGGGAUUUGCCGUUCGAAAUUAUGUGUGAUGCGAGUGAUUAUGCUGUUGGAGCAGUGCUUGGCCAAAGAAAGAACAAGGUGUUGCAUGCCAUCUAUUAUGCAAGCAAAACCUUGGACGGAGCUCAGAUGAAUUAUGCUACUACUGAGAAAGAGCUCCUUGCGGUUGUUUAUGCACUUGACAAAUUUCGGACGUAUCUUGUUGGUUCGAAAGUCAUUAUACACACUGAUCAUGCCGCUUUGAAGUAUUUGUUGGCCAAGAAAGAGGCCAAACCAAGACUUAUUCGAUGGAUUCUUCUUCUCCAGGAGUUUGACUUGGAGAUUCGGGAUAAGAAGGGUGCUGAGAAUGUUGUUGCAGAUCAUCUCUCUCGGUUGAAAUUUCAAUCUAGCGCAGACGGGCCUAUCAAUGAUUCUUUUCCUGACGAUCAUCUAUUCUCUGUGUCUACUCAAUCCCCAUGGUAUGCGGACUUUGCGAACUAUUGUGUUGGUGGCUCCCAUCCUCCGGAAUUGACAUAUCAACAACGUAAGAGAUUCUACCAUGAUGCUAAGCGGUGUGUAGCGGAUUGGGAUACCCACGGGGUUCUUAAGCAUUGCCACAGUUUACCUUCUAGUGGCCAUCUUGGUGCUAUUCCGACCGCCCAUCGAACUCUUCAAAGUGGUUUCUAUUGGCCUUCUAUAUUCAAGGAUGCUCGUUUCUUUUGCAAUGCAUGUGAUGAAUGUCAACGGACGGGCAAUGUUUCGAAAAGGCAAGAGCUACCACAGACCGGAAUUCUUGAAGUUGAGCCAUUUGAUGUAUGGGGCAUUGAUUUUAUGGGACCGUUCCCUUCUUCAUGUGGGAAUCGGACUUUUAAGGCUCUUCUGAAGAAGCACGGAGUUACUCAAAAGGUUGGCAUGGCUUAUCAUCCUCAAACGAGUGGCCAAGUCGAAGUUUCUAAUCGACAGAUCAAGAGAAUUCUCGAAAAAGUGGUCAACAAGUCUCGAAAAGAUUGGUCGUUGAAGUUGGAUGACACAUUGUGGGCGUUGCGCACGGCCUACAAGACUCCGUUGGGGACAACUCCGUAUAGGUUGGUGUAUGGCAAAGCUUGUCAUUUACCAGUUGAAAUGGAAUAUCUCUCUACUUGGGCCGUCAAGGAGAUCAAUAUGGAUUUAGAAGCGGCCGGUGAAGCGAGACUUCUUCAAUUGAAUGAGCUAGAUGAACUACGGUUUGAAGCUUACGAGAAUCAUAGGCUCUAUAAGGAGCAAACGAAGAAGUUUCAUGAUAAGAUAAUUCAAAAACGGGAGUUCAACAUCGGUGAUAAGGUCUUGCUUUAUAAUUCACGACUACGGCUUUUUCCAGGAAAGCUUAAGUCUAGAUGGUCCAGACCUUUUACCAUCACCGAAGUCAAGGAACAUGGAGCUAUUGAGGUUGCUAGUGAAAAUGGCACCAAGUUUAAAGUGAACAGUCAACGUUUGAAGCUAUACACUGAAGGGGCGUUUAUUGGAAAAUUGGAGACGAUCUAUCUCUCCGAUCCACCCACCGACGCUUGA